AUGUACACUCAUAGCAGCACAGACAGUGAACAUUUAAACAUGAUGCUGACACCACUAUGAACCAGUACGACAGGUGUGAUGACAACAUCACCUAGCUCAUCACUGUCAUAGCCCGAUGGAGGAAGGACUCGCAGGGUCACAGCGAAACAUUACGGUGCAUCCAGCUGUGAUGGCUGCAAGGGCUUCUUUAGGAGGAGCAUUUGCAACAACCAGACUUACAACUAUAGAUUCAACACGCAGUGUACUGUGGACUAAGACAAAAAGAACCAGUGUCCACUCCAUUAAUGUUUCAAGACUGGAAUUAGUAAGGGAACUGUUCAGAAUGAGAGACACUGCAUCAGCAGUCACAGAGCCAAGGGACAGACAGUGGGCGCUCUGUCCAUCGGCGUGCUUCUGUGGGCAGAGGCCAGUGUGCAACAGUUCCCAGCUCUGGUCUCACCUAGGAGUCAUGACAUCAACACCAAGAAGACAGCCUGCGUGGGAGACGUGUACCAGUCCAUGAAGCAGCAACUCCUCCUGCUGGUGGAAGGGGAAAAGCACAUUCCAGAGUUGUGUACCCUCCCGAUGGAAGACAGAGUAGGUCUGUUACAAACCCAAUCUACAGAACAUCUUUUCCUCGAGGCAGCAAGACGCUCUUUAUCUUAUUACAAUCUCAUUCUAGCAGGUAAUGACUCUGUGAUCCCCCUGAGAGGUGCAGAAUUACAGGUGUCUAUAGUGGCUUUCAGAAUCCAGGAGGAGCUGGUCAACUUCACAGACAAAGAGUUUACUUUCCUCAGAACCAUUGUUGUCUUUGCCCCAGACUGUCUGGGUCCGGAGAGUUCUCAGGUUUUUCGACAUUUGCGUGUCCAGGCCCAUCUGCUGCUACAAGAGGCAACCUGUGAGCAGCAGGGGAGAUUUGGGGUGUUCCUGCCGAUCCUGCCUCCCCUGCAAAGUGUGGCCUGGCAGAUGGUGGAGACCCACGUAGCACAGCUGCUGGGUGAGAGCAGAAGAGACAACCUGCUGCAGGAGGGAGGGAGCCAUAAACAGGACAGGGACUGCGUACAGGUGGGAGACACUGUUGCACUCUCACAGCAAAAGGAGCAAAGAGCUUCACCUACACACUUCAGCUUUCUCAUCUCUCACGUUUCAACAUCUCUUUCAAGUGGCUUCCCUGCUGCCCCCACAGACUGGCACAGAGGUGUACAGACAUGGCGAUGCUGCCAACUGGCCCACGGCAUACCAGAGACACCUGUCCACACCAAAACACACCUCAAGGACAAAAACAACCGCGGAGUGGAGGGGUACCUGGAUAUGGAGCUGAAGCGAAUGUCCCAGAACCUGCCAGCAGAGGGCGCACAAAGCCUGCUCAGAAACACAUUUUUUGGCCCCUCUAUCCUCAUCCUGGUGCGGGAUGAGGGUGCUCAGCUGCGCAGUGACCUAGAAUGCCUGCAAUGA